GAACUAAAACAGAAACUGCAGUAAAGUAUAAUAAUGACACCAACACAGAGAGGACAAACAGAUACUUGAUCUGCUUCUAUUCAGCUGCUUCACAAGGGGGGGAAAAUCCCAAUGAAAAUGAGGCUCUUAAAAGUGUUGGUUCAACAUCUGGGUACACCAGAAUGAGGCCUCUUCAGGACAACCAUUUGGUCAAACAUCCCAGGAACUAAAAGUCAGGAGGAGACCAGAGAGGGGGGCGGGGCUGGACUGUUAUGCCAUUAGUCCCUGCUCCUAAUAUGGGCAUUUCAGGGAGGGAGUGGGCAAUUUGCAUCUUUUAGCCCUGCCUCCUUCACAUAGGCCCCACGAUUUCAUUGAUUUUAUCCCGAUGCUGCCCGCUUCACUAGAAAGUGGACGGAAUGUGGAAGAGCCACCUAUCAUCAUUCCACGGCUUCAGGAGACUACUUGAAAGUCCUCCGAGAGGGUAGGCAGACAUUUGUCUUCCAACUGAGGUUGAGAAUGAGUGGGUCUGUUAUUGAAGACACCCCUAUUGCUGUGGACUAUUGGCGUAUCCGGAGAUACAGCAACAUCAGACUCUUCUUUCUGUCCCAUAUGCACAGUGAUCAUACCGAGGGUUUAUUGUCUACAUGGUCACAUCCAUUGUACUGUUCGGCAGUCACAGCCAAGAUCCUUGAACAUAAGUUGAAGGUUAAGGAAAAAUGGAUCAAUCCGUUGGAAGUUGGAGUGUGCCACUUGCUGCCUUUGGAUGACUGUGGUAUUGAGAAGGUGUCUGUUACUCUAAUAGAUGCCAACCAUUGCCCUGGCUCUGUUAUGUUCCUGUUUGAGGGAUACUUUGGUACUGUCCUACAUACAGGUGAUUUCCGCUAUAGCCCUGAUAUGCUAACAUACCCACCAUUAAGGAACAAGGACAUUGAUGUUCUUUACCUGGAUAAUACAAACUGUGAUCCAAAACUCAAGUUACCCUCUCGCCAAGAAGCAACAAAGCAAAUUAAGGAAAUCAUUGAUGAUCACCCAUCCCAUAACAUAGUGAUUGGCCUCUACACUAUUGGAAAGGAGUCGCUUCUGGUGGACUUGGCAGAGACUUUUAAGUCUUGGGUUGUUGUAAGCCCUCAGAGACUGGAAUUACUCACUAUCUUAGAAACUGAAGAUGUCUUUGCAACACUGGAUGGAGCAGGGAGAAUCCGUGUGGUGAAUCAGUCAGAAGUUAAUUAUUCUAACAUGCUUAAAUGGAAUUGUAACUAUCCAACCAUUGCUAUUCUUCCCACCAGUCGAAAAGUGGAGUUCCGGCGCAAAGAUAUCUUUGUGGUUCCAUAUUCAGACCAUUCUUCAUAUGAUGAACUUAUUGAGUUUGUUUCACAAUUAAAGCCUUGUUCCAUUAUUCCCGUGGUGAAAGCACAACAGUGCAUGUCCCAUUUAGAGCAAUAUCUAAGACCCGAGGCAUCAAAACGUUUUGUAAAAAUUCCUGAUUCAGUUAAAAUGUGUAUGCAAAGGAAAGUUUCAUUUAGACAAGUGUGCACUAAAAAACUGAAGCUACCGAGAAAGAAUACUCCUAGAGGUGUUAGAUUUGAGUCCUCUGAAGGAUGUUCAAGCCCAUCGCACCCAACAAGGCAUUGUAGAGGGAACUGGACCUCUGAAAGGGUUAAUCUUCCACAUUCAUUUAUUAUAAAGAAGAAUAAAAAAAAGAAAAAGAUAAUGCUUUUAGGAUAGGAUUUUCUCUGCUAAGUUAUACGAGAGGAUUUUUCUAGGAGCAAUUAUAUAUAAAAUAUUACUAAAACAAGAAAACUACUUUUAGCCAGAUAUCUUCCUACUUAUAAAUAUUAGGGAAGUGAUAUGUUACACCAUUUAUGGGCAUUUUGGGUGUAAUUUGUACUUACAUUAUCUGCUGAAUUAAUUGCCACCUGUUUACAAAUGGAUAGUCAUUAAUCGUGUCACAGUGUAAGAUGUCUCCAUGGGGGAAAUUCAAUCAGAUGCAGUAAUUUACCGCAGGAGGAAAAGGGUGGUAGCCUCAGGCUGUACCCGCUGGGGCUAUUUAAUUACAGGCUCUGUUACUCACCUAGUAAAUUACCCCGCUAAUAUGCAUUAAUCCAUAGAAUCUAGGAUAAGUUCCUACAUCUAUGGGUUACCACAUUCAUGCCAGCUGUGAUCGGGCCAUUUAAAAAAUGUUUUCCUGUAAACUGCAACCUGUGGGCUGUACCUGAAUAAACUGAGCAGUUCAAUAAGCCUGCAGUAAAUUACUGCAUAUAACUGAAUUCCCCUCUAAGUAUGACACAGCGUGUGGCUACAUCUGAGGCUGAGCAUCUGUAUUUUGAUGACAUGAAAUACAGACACGUAUUUUGUACAAGACUUUAAUACAUUUCUACAUAUCUAGCCUCUGAAAGGGGUGUAGUAUGGCUGACCGGCGGUCAGGAGACCGCCGGUCAGCAUACAGACGCCGGGAUCCCGGCGGGGAGGGGCGAGUGCAGCAAGCCCCUUGCGGGCUCGGUGGCGACCUGCGGUCGACACGGGUUCUAUUUCCACUCUAUGGGUGUCGUGGACACCCAUGAGGGGAAAUAGUCCCUGUUGGUUUGCAUGCCGAGCAUCGGGAUAGUGAGAGGUCGAGAUGCUGGAGAAGGUCAUGUGACUGUCGGUCACCCGACCGCCGGUCACAUGAAUACCACCCCUGUAAGUAGGGGUGAUUUAUUUGCUGUCUAUGUAGUGAACCUUUUAUUGUAACUUACUUUUAUCCAUAUGCCUGUGUGUUUGUACAUACAUUCAAGUUUUUUAUUUAAAAUAAAGGUCCAUUUGUAUCUUUCCAGUCA